AUGGACAACUUUCCACCGGAAGUGCAGCAUAUUUUGGCACUCGCCUCCGCCAUUCUUUCGGCAACGCAACUUACUCAGAUGGUUGAUCGUCUUAGGGAGAUGCACGACUUUUCCAAGCCGUCACUUUCAGCACUCUCAACUCCCUCAACUCAUCCUACGUCUCAACUUUCACAGUUGGAUAUCGAGCUCAGUAGGCUGGCCGAUGAUAUAGCUUCACUCUAGAAGCAGACAGUCUCCCCCUCAUUUCGGAGCCAACCGAAGGCGUCCACCCCGCAUCUCCAGUCUUCACAUUCAGUCCGUCUAAACGCAGCUGUCAUUUGCUGGUACCACACCAGCUUUGGUGUUAAAGCCCGUCGCUGCAUCUCUCCCUGCUCAUUCCCCUCCAAGCAGAGCAAACGGGUAAAACCGGUCAACCCGAAGGUCAGUGCAGCCAAUCUUCUUGACACCUCUAACUCUGGUCGCACCUUCUAUGUUCGCGAAACUGCGACUCUCAGACGUUACCUGGUGGAGACUGGAGCCCAAAUCAGCGUUGUUCCCCCAACUGCAGCUGAUCGCCGUUUUCCUAGCCCUGGUCUUCAUCUCCAAGCUGUCAACUGUUCCCCUAUUCCCACUUUCGGUAGUCUGUCCCUCACCCUGAACAUUGGCCUUCGUCGGUCAUUUACUUGGAUCUUUGUGAUUGCUGAUGUCCCUCAUGCAAUCCUCGGCUCGGACUUUCUUGCCGAGUUCGAUCUUCUGAGAUCGCCUGAGAUAUGGCUGCGAAAGGAAGAAACAGGUCAGAACAUUUGUUUGUGCACGUCUGACCGCUGA